GGAAUAUUUGUCGUCGUGGCAGAGACAGAGGCAGAGGCAGAGGGCGCGCGGUGGCUGUGGCUGUGGCUGUGGCUGUGGUUCGCCAAAUGGUUCCUCACUUCCCUCCCGAUGAUCAUACUACUCCACACAUCAAGUCCACCGCGGUGGCCGUCGACAAGGACAAGAACAGCCCGCACGCUGUCCGCUGGGCUAUUGAUCAUCUUGUGAUUAGCAACCCGGUCAUCGUCCUAAUCCACGUUAGGCACAGAAGCAGCACUACCCCACAUCAGAGCGCGAGUGAUGCUGAUCAAUCAGGCGACUCUGACGCCAAACAGCUCUUCGUCCCCUACCGCGCGUAUUGUGCUCGUAAAGGGAUUCAAUUGAAAGAGGUUCUCCUCGAUGACAAUGACGCUCCUAAAGCACUUUUGGACUAUAUCCAGAAAAACUGCAUCAGCAGUAUUGUUGUUGGUGCAUCAACAAGGAAUGCUCUUGCCAGGAAGUUCAAAGCUUAUGAUGUCCCGGGUAGUUUAAUCAAAUCGGCACCAAAUUUCUGCUCUGUGUAUGUAAUUUCGAAAGGAAAGAUAUUGUCAGCGCGGACAGCGUUAAGGCCUCUGGCUAAUACUGCUACCCCUCCAAAACAACAAUAUCCAGCCGGACUUCCACCAACACCUGACCACAGCGGGGAUGAAAAUGGAGCCAGAUAUGCAAGGACGGCGUGGAGAAAUGGAGGGCAAGAGAGAAUGGAGAGAAAUGGAGGGCAAGAAAGAAUGGGUUACGAAAGGAGCAAUGAUGGAACGAGAGGGCCAACACGCGAGAGGGCGAGGAGUAGUCCAACCAAUCUCUCAGUGGAAAAUAUGGACCUUCCAAACCGUGGGUCAAGGUCUUCAUUUAGCCGCAAUUCCGUCUCCGAUGACCCUCAUCAUGAUCAUAUUACAGGGCCGAUGAUGUUCGGGUCGAUCGAUAUCUCCGGCCAAAGUUUAGAUUUCAGCAUUGCACCGCAUUCUCCCAAGGAUUCCUCAGCGGCCAGGCAGACUGCACGAGAGCUAGAAGCUGAGAUGAAAAGAUUGAAGCUCGAGCUAAAGCAAACCAUGGAAAUGUAUAGCUCAGCUUGCAAAGAAGCAAUCUCGGCCAAAAAUAAGGCUAGAGAGCUUCACCAAUGGAAGCUGGAGGAGGCGCGCAAGUUUGAAGAAGCUAGGCUUGCUGAAGAAGCAGCUCUUGCUAUCGCAGAACUAGAGAAGGCUAAGUGCAAGGCCGCCAUUGAAGCCGCAGAGGCAGCACAGAAGCUAGCGGAGACGGAAGCACAGAGAAGAAAACUGGCAGAGACUAAGGCCAGGCGAGAGGCAGAAGAGAAAAAUCGGGCAUUGUCUGCAUUGACUCAUAAUGAUAUCCGGUGUAGAACAUAUAGCAUAGAAGAGAUUGAAGCAGCAACUGAAAAGUUUUCUGCAUCAAUGAAAAUUGGUGAAGGUGGAUAUGGACCUGUGUAUAAAGGCAGACUUGAUCACACCCCGGUUGCCAUCAAAGUUUUGAGACCUGAUGCUGCUCAAGGGAGGAAGCAAUUCCAACAGGAGGUUGAGGUCCUUAGCUGCAUUAGACAUCCUAACAUGGUCCUCCUCCUUGGCGCCUGCCCUGAGUAUGGAUGCUUGGUUUAUGAAUACAUGGAUAAUGGCAGCUUAGAAGACAGGUUGUUUCGAAGAAGCAACAGCCCUCCAAUUUCCUGGAGGAGACGAUUCAAAAUAGCCGCUGAGAUUGCCACUGCGCUUCUAUUCCUUCACCAAGCAAAGCCAGAACCCCUUGUGCAUCGGGAUCUUAAGCCAGCCAACAUCCUUUUAGACCGCAAUUAUGUGAGCAAAAUUAGUGAUGUUGGCCUAGCACGUUUAGUCCCACCUUCUGUGGCUAACAGUGUCACACAAUACCACAUGACUUCUACUGCAGGGACUUUUUGUUACAUAGAUCCUGAAUACCAACAAACAGGAAAGUUGACAACAAAAUCCGAUAUAUACUCAUUGGGAAUUAUGCUGCUCCAAAUAAUCACUUCCAAGCCCCCAAUGGGUCUUGCCCACCAUGUUCAAAGGGCCAUUGAAAGAGAUAGAUUUGCAGAGCUGCUUGAUCCCACUGUGACAGAUUGGCCUGUAGAGGAGGCUCUAUUAUUUGCUAAAUUGUCACUUAAGUGCGCGGAGCUGAGGAAGAAGGACAGGCCAGAUCUUGCCACGGUUGUCUUGCCGGAGCUCAACCGAUUAAGAGAGCUGGGAAGGAAUAGUGAAACUCACACCAAUUAUGGAUUCAGCAACAAUAAUGGUCAGAGUCAUUCCUGAUCGACUUCACAUUCAAGGACAUGAAGCUCAAAUUAGGUUUUGUUAGAAAUUAAUUAAUGCACUUUCUUGUACCUUUCCAUAUCUGUUGAACUUGUUCUAUGUCUAUAUAUAACUUAAGUGAGUAUUGAUCGGUUCUCACUAAUUAAUGUCUCUAGAAUUGUCCAAUGAGUCUAUAAAUACAUAUUCUUUGUAA